UGGCGAGCGAGGUGGAGGUGGAAGAGACGGGAAAGAAGGAGAGAGAGACAGAGAGGGAGAAAGAGAGAGGUGGAGCUAUAUAAGACGACUCAAGCGUCAGCACCGUAUCACUUGGCACUAUGAAGCUCCUGGUCGUCGCCUCAACACUGCUGGCGGUCGUCGCGGCCGAACAAUCCUACGGCGGCGGAGGCUUCGGUGGAGGUGGAGGCGGUGGCUUUGGAGGAGGCUUCGGAGGUGGCUUUGGAGGCGGCAUCGGAGGAGGCUAUGGCGGCGGAGGCUGCGGCGGCGGCCAGGUGCUUCACGUGGACGGCAGCUGCGUCACUCCCCAGGUGACCCGCAACUUGUACGUGUACCGCGCCCCCGACCUGGCGCCCAUCGUGGGCCCGGCCCCCUACGUGCCGCCCCCACGCCUGGAGCAUAACAUCGUGUUCAUCCACACUCCCGAGUCUCUGCUCAACCAGAAGCCCGUGGUGAUUCCGCCACCAAAGCAGAAGAACGUUGUGUACCUGCUCAGCAAGCGGCCUCACCAGAGCCAGCAGGUCAUCGAGGUGCCAGCAGGCGAACAGCAGGCACCAGAGAUCUUCUUCGUCAAUUACGCCGAGGGAGAAAACCCAUCACUACCCACCGGCGGCGACCUGCUGUCAGCACUCAGCAAGGCUUCCCAGGGCAGCGGCGAACUAGUCAGCGGUGGCGGCGGCUUUGGCGGUGGCUUCGGCGGUGGCUUCGGAGGCGGCAUUGGUGGCGGCAUUGGUGGCGGCAUUGGUGGCGGCUACGGUGGCGGCGGCGGCUUUGGUGGCGGUAUCGGUGGCGGCAUCGGUGGCGGCAUCGGAGGAGGCCACGGUGGCGGAGGCGGAGGCCUGUACUCCCGUUAAGCCGCCCAGUGCCGGCCCGCAUCACCAGCGGUGGGAGUCACCCCGCCCCGCCGCUGCCUCCCCCACCCCCCCCCUUCCCUCACCCUGCAAAUACCCUCUUCAUCCACCCCAUAGCUUAUUUUUGUACUCGCUCUCCACACAAUGAAACUGUUUGUUUGA